UCACCAUAAUUAAACUCGCGCGUGUCAGCCCAGAGGUCAAGGACAAACAUUAAGGUUAAAAUGCACACACGUUACGUCUGCACAACAUAGAAACAAAGAUCUAUUAAAAGCAGCAUUCAAAUAAGAAAGCAAUAUUGACCUUCCCAACAUGGCGCUCGCUGUACGGCGUUUCUUGCCUUGAUUUUGAAACAGUUGCAUAAACUCUCCUUUAAAAAAAAUUGUCAUCCAAACACUUGAUCAGCCACACAUCGCUGAAAACACUCCACGAUAACAUGUUUUCAGCAACUAUCGCACGAAAGGUGGUUCAUUCUGUUUGCCGGGCAUCACUGCAUCCAGCUGUCAGCCAAGUGAUUUCUCGGGGAUACCGUGGUGAUGCUCCAGAACCGACCAUCAUUGAGAUCCCUCUGCCUCCGUGGCAGGAGAGGACUGGAGAGUCCCUGGAAAUCAAGAAAAAGAGACUCCUGUACGAGAGCCGCAAGAGAGGCAUGCUGGAGAACUGCAUCCUUCUGAGCCUUUUUGCUAAGCAGUACCUGAACACAAUGAGUGAAUCUCAGUUAAAGCAGUAUGACAGACUCAUCAAUGAACCCAGCAACGACUGGGACAUCUACUACUGGGCAACAGAGGCUCAGCCGACACCUGAUGUGUACCAGAGCGAGGUGAUGGACAUGCUCAAAGAGUUCGCCAAGAACAAGGACAUGGAGCAGCGUCUAGAUGCCCCUAAUCUGGAAUAUCUGGACAAGAGCAGUUAAAACUCGCCCUUCUGCCAGAGACUGAGCUCAUCCCAAGAGAGCUGACACCUGAGACCUUUUCAAGACUCAUUUUAAAGGCUCCUGGGAUUCAAUAUUACAUUAGUGACUGUAAAAUGCACAUCACAUAUUGGACAGUUUGCAUGUCAACAUAAAAAGCUGAUCUUCUUGAUUCAUGUUGACAUAUACUUUAAAUAAACGUACAUUUUCUACAUAUGUACGUAAAAAAUAAGUUCAUUUAAAAUGCCUGUAUAUGUGUAUGUGUGCAAUUAAUUUUAAAUAAAAUUAUUUAAUAUUA